AUGAGGGACUUCCCGAAAAAAACAGAGACGUCCCAACAGGAUGUGCUUUCAAAACUUCAAGACAUGAGUGAUGUGAUCAACAAGUCUAUCGAGGAGAAGAAAAUUCCGGAUCUUGUUGGAGAUAUCUGUGUUGAAAUCGCAAAAUUGGAAACAAACUUUCGCACAAUCCUGGAUGUUGUAUCGCUGCAGAAGGAGCUCUUAUUUCCUUUAUUUUUCAAUAAUGGACGUUGA